UCUGACCUCUUUGUACAUUUUAAGUACUGCGACGCGUACUACUUACACAUGUUCAUGACAAACGCGCCGGUACAACUUACUCAGACAACUGACGCGUUUCUCUGGCAUCAUAGUGAUCACACGAUGGUGCUGAUGAGGUGUCAAGGGCCCUGAACAACAUGUAUAAAAUGCUGCCAACCUUCACACAAACUGCAUUUCAACAACUCCAACCCACUCCACUCUAUAAUCAUGUCUAAGCAAAUGUCCUCGUUCUGGGCACCCGUGCCAAAGCCAUCAUCUAGGCUAGCGCGAUAUCGCGCAUUAUCCCCUCAUGCGGGUGUUCAUGUCUCACCCUUACAGCUCGGUGCCAUGAGCAUCGGAGACAAGUGGGAGAAAUUUGGGAUGGGUAGUAUGGACAAGACAUCCUCAUUCAAGCUCCUCGACGCCUUCUACGAUGCUGGGGGGAACUUCAUCGACACUGCUAAUAACUAUCAAGAUCAAAGCUCUGAAGAGAUCAUCGGAGAGUGGGCAGAGGAACGGGGGAUCCGUGACCAGCUCGUGAUCGCUACAAAAUACACGACCAACUACCAGCGCGGCAACGACGCCAUUCGCCAGAAGGCAUCAUAUACCGGCAACAACGUCAAGUCAAUGUACCUCAGCGUCGAGGCCAGUUUGAAGAAGCUGAGGACUUCAUAUAUCGACAUUCUGUACGUGCACUGGUGGGACUGGGAUACUUCCGUCGAAGAGGUCAUGAACGGUCUACAUGUGCUGGUGCAACAAGGCAAAGUGUUGUAUCUCGUGAAUGUCCCCAUUUCUAUGCUGACAGGAACAUUCGUUAACGUGUAUCGCUGGCAGGGCAUCUCAGACUCUCCUGCUUGGGUCGUGUCCAAAGCGAACCAGUAUGCUCGGGAUCAUGGAAAAUCACCGUUUGUGAUCUACCAAGGUGCUUGGAACGUCAUGCUUCGGGACUUUGAACGAGAUAUCAUACCAAUGGCCCACUCCGAAGGUCUUGCGCUUGCCCCUUGGAACGUCCUUGCCGGUGGAAAAAUUCGAACCGACGAGGAAGAGGAGCGCCGUCGACAGACAGGAGAGAAAGGUCGCAUGCUCACGAAUCCCAGUUGGGAACGCAACGAGACGGAGAGGGCGAUGAGCGCAGCGUUAGAGAAGGUCGCGAAAGAAGUCGGUGCUAAACACAUUACAGCUGUGGCCAUUGCAUAUCUCAUGCAGAAGACGCCCUAUGUGUUCCCGAUUAUUGGUGGGCGAAAAGUGGAGCAGCUGGAGGCGAACUUGGAGUCUCUGGCGAUUUCGCUAACACCCGAGCACGUGAAGUAUUUGGAGAGCAUCAUUCCUUUCGAUGCCGGCUUCCCCACCUCACUCAUCGGUGAUGGCAAGCAAUACAACUUUCUAUUGAGCAAUGCUGGAUAUUUCGAGAAGCAGCCGCAGGAGAAACCUAUAGUUCCAGAUGAUGAUUAGUAUGACAGUGCUUGUAAUGUGUACAUGUACCACGCCCCAGUAUUCUAAGCUGAUAUGAAAAGUGCCAACGACUUGGUGUACAGGCUGUAUGGGAAGCCAUAUGAUCGGGAAUGCGAUGUUUAACGCUUCUAAUCCGAAUUGCAGUAUCAGAAGUUCAGAAC